AUGAGCAAUACUAAAAAACACGGUAGUGUCCAGAUAACUGUCUUAGACAAAAACGACAGUCCACCAUCCUUCAAAGACACUCCCUUGCAUUUUUCCGUUUCUGAAGACCUCGGAGCCGGACAGUCUAUCGCCACCAUCAAAGCUGAAGAUCCUGACAGUAUUGGCACACUAGAUUACACCCUCUUAAAAGGAGAUGACGGGCGGUUUUCUCUGGAUAAAACCACCGGGACGUUGCGAUUGGUUGAUUCCUUGGAUAGAGAGACGAAGGAUACUUACAAGUUGCUCGUGAGAUGCAGUGAUGGAAAUCAGUUCACCGAUACUAUAGUUUCUAUUGAGGUCACCGAUACCAACGACAACCCACCGGUGUUCCUAGAACCAGCUUAUUCCUUCGACAUUCCAGAAAACGCUCUUAGAGGAUCCAGAGUCGGUCAAAUCAAAGCUACAGAUUCGGAUUUGGGAGUUAACGCCCAGCUAACUUAUUCGGUCAUUAGCGAUUGGGCCAAUGACGUUUUUUCGCUCAAUCCGCAAACGGGCGUUUUUACUUUGACGUCCAAGUUGGAUUAUGAAGAGGUGCAGCAUUACAUCCUGGUCGUCCAAGCUCAAGAUGCAGGACAUCCAGCUUUAUCCAGCACUUUGACAGUGUACUGUAACGUCUUGGAUCUCAACGACAACGCGCCUCUCUUCGAUCCCAUGUCCUACAGCAACGAAGUUUUCGAAAAUGUAACUAUUGGCACACCUGUAGUGACCGUCAGUGCCACCGACGCGGAUAGCGGAAAAAAUCGUCAAAUAGUUUACUCGAUAACAUCAGGAAAUGAAGCAGGUGAUUUCGAAAUUCUACAGAACGGUUCCAUCUUGACCAAAAAUCGAUUGGAUAGAGAAACGCAGGCCAUUUAUAAUCUUGUUGUUACAGCUACAGAUCAAGCUGUGACUCCAGAAAACAGACUGUCAUCGACUGUACAGGUAACCAUCCUCCUAAAAGACGUCAACGACAUGGCUCCGGAAUUUAUCACCCCCAACGAGACAACAGUGGCUGAAAACAUCCCCAUAAACACCGUCGUCAUGGCAAUUAAAGCCGUAGACAAGGACGAAGGAAGAAACGGAUACAUCGAAUACUCCCUCUCCAACGAUCCCGUAACCAAUGGCGUUUUCACCUUAGGACCCGUUGAUGGUUUGUUAAGGGUUGGUGGUAAAAUAGACAGAGAGAUGACCAGUAACUACACGCUCGUGGUUACCGCGAGGGAUAGGGGGGAUCCGCCCAAAUCGACGAAUAUGAAGCUGUUUGUUAAAGUAUUGGACGAGAAUGACAAUAGUCCCGUAUUUGAUCCUAAGCAGUACAGCGCUAGUAUCUCGGAGAAUGCUUCUAUCGGAGCCAGUGUUUUACAGGUGUCAUCAACAGACAUAGACGACAACCUAAAUGGCCGCGUCCGUUACUCCAUCAACUCAGGCGACGCCAACCGCGAUUUCACCAUAGCCGAAGACACCGGCGUCGUUCGUGUAGCAAAAAAUCUUAACUACGAGCGGAAAUCUCGCUACGAGCUCAUCGUGCGAGCGGAAGACUGCGCCGGAGACAUCAACGGAGCCGCUGUACGAUCAGAUUCAGCGAAAAUCUCGAUCGCCGUAUCCGACAUCAACGAUAAUCCACCCACGUUCCUCGACUCGCCGUAUCUGGCUUUCGUAAUGGAAAACAUCAUUCCGCCGAAUGGAGGUUAUGUGAUUACCGUGCAAGCGUACGAUGCCGAUACGCCACCUUUCAACAAUCUGGUGAAGUAUUUCAUUAAGGAAGGCGAUACUGAUAUCUUCAGAAUCAACGCUUCUACCGGGGAUAUUUCGCUACUUAGAGCACUGGACAGGGAGAUCCAGAAUGAAUACGUGCUGAGCUUAGUUGCUAUGGAUACUGGAUCACCACCAUUAACAGGAACCGGCACAGUUCGGGUAGUAGUCCAAGAUGUCAAUGACCACAGUCCAGAAUUCAAACGGCAGUCAUACCACGCCAUAAUCAAAGAAAACUUACCGCCCGUAACUUGGGUCCUAACCCCCAUAGCUACUGACAAGGACAUUGGUUUAAACGGAAAAAUACGUUACAGCCUCAUUGGGGACAAAGUAGAAAGAUUUAAAGUAGACCAGAACACCGGAGUCAUAACUACAGUCGUUACUUUGGACAGAGAAGAAAUCAGCUCGUAUUCUUUGACUCUAAUGGCUCAAGACUGUUCUGCAACUGAACCCAGAGCGGCUGCUGUGAAUCUGACCAUAAAUGUUGCAGACGAAAACGACAACUCACCAACUUUCGACUCCAGCAAAUACGAAGUUUACAUCUCCGAUCAAACCAAAGCCGGACAAUUCGUUUUUGGAGCGCGAGCCACAGACGAAGACUACGGAAUCAAUUCGAGAAUCGUUUACCAAUUAACUGGAGAACAUGCUAGGAAUUUCACCAUUAACCAUAAAACAGGGGUCAUCAAAGCAGUAUACGAUUUACAAAGAUCUUCGACCAGCAUUUUCAACCUAGAAAUAGAAGCUGUUGAUGGAGGUAAACCUGCUAGAAAAACCAGCACCGAACUACGAGUAUUUCUCAAACCAGGACACUUCUUUCCCAAAUUCGCCACUCCAACAAAAACCAAGUUUGUUUUGGCUGAAAAUGUAGAAGAAGGGAAAGUCAUUGCCAGAGUGAAAGCUACAUCGCCCAAGAAAGGACCUGCUUCUGAAAUAAGAUACGCUAUUGCAGGAGGUAAUAUUGGAGAAGCCUUAAAAAUAGACAGAAACAGCGGUGAAAUUCAAAUAGCCGGCCAUGGUCUAGAUUACGAAGUCUCUCCAAUUUACGAAGUUUGGGUUGAAGCCCAAGAUUCUGACAGUCCUUCUCUAAGAAGCGUCCUUCAACUUUCUAUCAAUGUCACAGAUGCGAACGAUAAUCCUCCAAUAAUGAAUAGUUUACUGUACAAUGCCUCUGUUAUGGAGGAAGAAGCACCACCUAUUCUGGUUGUAAAAGUUUCAGCUACAGACGCAGAUUCUGGGGAAAAUGGGCAAAUAACAUACAAACUUCUUGACGAUUUCGAAGGUGCUUUUGAAAUUGACGCAGAAAGUGGAGAAAUUUAUACAAAUACCCGUCUUGACCGAGAAGACAUAGCCAGCUACGAAUUAGUGGUGGAAGCAGUAGAUCAAGGCUUACCUCAACUAUCUGGUACAGCAACAAUCCUAGUAACAGUUUUAGAUAAAAACGAUAAUCCGCCCAGAUUCACAAGAUUAUUUAGCGUUAACGUUACAGAAAAUGCAGAAAUUGGAUCAUUCGUAAUUCGAGUUACUAGUUCGGAUCAAGAUAUUGGAGAAAAUGCUAACGCUACUUACAAUUUUACCGAGAAUCCUGGUGAUAAAUUCAAAAUUGAUCCAAUCAGCGGUAACGUAACAGUCGUCGGUCAUUUAGAUCGCGAACACCAAGAUGAAUACAUUCUAAAAGUCGCUGCUGUAGAUGGUGCUUGGAGAUCUGAGACGCCUUUGACUAUUACCAUACAAGAUCAGAACGACAACUCUCCUGAAUUUGAACAUUCUUACUAUAGCUUUAACUUCCCAGAACUUCAAAGAGCUAUAGUAUUUGUUGGUCAAGUCGCUGCUACUGAUAGAGACAAACAAGGUCCAAACUCAGUAAUAAGUUACUCGUUGCAACAACCUUCUGACUUGUUUACUGUUGAUCCAGCUUCGGGUGAAAUAUUUAGCAAAAGAAGCCUGAGAUACAAAUAUACCCUGAUGGAAUCUUCGCCUGAAAAUACUUACGCUUUAACUAUUCUAGCUACAGAUAAUGGCAAACCACCCAUGUCUUCAGAAUGUUUAGUAACAAUCAAUGUAGUAGAUGCCAAUAAUAAUGCGCCUAGCUUUGAACAACAAGAAUACUUAACACCCGUACCAGAAGAUGCUAAAGAAAGUCAGGAAGUUCUAAGGGUAGUAGCCAAAGAUGACUUAGAUGUUGGUGUUAACGCAGAAAUAGAAUAUUCAAUUACAGGCGGCAAUGGUUCUAAACACUUCGUCAUCGACGAUAACACUGGAUGGAUCAAACUUAAUGAAAAAGUAUUUGGAGUUGGAACUGUUUAUAAUCUAAGAAUCAGAGCGACCGAUAAAGGUAUACCUCCACAACAGAGCGAAACUGCCGUCACUCUCAUCAUCACUGGAGAGAACAGGUAUAGUCCAGUAUUUACAGCGUUGAGUUACCAAGUUAUUGUUCCUGAAAACGAACCUUUGGGUUCCACAAUUCUAACAGUCAGCGCCUCUGACAGAGAUCAAGGUCCGAAUGGUAUGAUACGUUACAGAAUAUCAGCUGGAAAUGAAAGAAAAGAAUUUACCGUCGAUACUAUGACAGGCGCUGUUACUAUUUUACAACCUCUAGAUUACGAUACCAUCCAAGAAUAUCAUUUGAAUAUAACAGCAGAAGAUCUUGGAUUUAAACCUCGUAGAACGACAGCCAUGUUAACAAUAACGCUGACUGACAUCAACGAUAAUUCUCCUACUUUCAACCAAUCAUCUUAUGAUGCAUAUUUAUCAGAAAACCUACCAUCUGGCAGUUUCGUUUACACAGUUUCUGCUACUGAUAUUGACUCACCAAAGAACGCCAUUAUUGAAUAUUCAAUAUCUGAUGGUCCAGAUAAAGAAAUUUUCGAAAUUAACAAAGCAAGUGGUGCAAUUAUAUCCAAAAUAACUUUCGAUUAUGAAGAGGAAGACCUUUAUACUCUUAACGUAGUAGCGUCCAAUCCGGACUCGUCUAUGUUUGGUUCCACGGUAGUAAAAGUCCAUAUUACUGGUGUUAAUGAGUUUUAUCCAAGAUUUAUUCAACCAGUCUUUCAUUUUGAUGUCUCUGAAUCUACUGAAGUCGGUACAAGAGUAGGAACAAUCCAAGCAAGUGAUCAAGACAGUGGUGACGACGGAAAAGUUUACUACCUCCUGAUAGGUUCGAGCAAUGAUAAAGGUUUCAGUAUCAACGCGGAAACUGGUACCAUCCUAGUUUCAAGAAAUCUCGAUAGAGAAACCCAAAGCAGAAUCGUGCUUACUGUAAUGGCUAAAAAUGCUGGUGGUAUCCGUGGUAACGACACUGACGAAGCCCAGGUGAUAAUAACCGUUCAAGAUGGUAAUGACCCUCCAGAAUUUUUACAGAAUAUUUAUGAAUCGGAAAUAUCAGAAGGUGCUGAGAUUGGAACCAAAUUAAUAUCGGUGAAAGCAGUUGAUAAGGACGUACGGGCUCAAAAUAACCAAUUUAGUUAUUCCAUUAUUGGUGGAAACAUUGAACAAGCUUUCAAAAUAGAUCCUCAAACAGGAGAAAUACAAUCUGCCAGAUCAUUGGACAGAGAAACAAUUCCAAUGUAUUCAAUAGUCGUUGGCGCAAUAGAUACUGGUAUUCCACCACAAACCGGUACGACUUUAGUUAAAAUACAAGUCACUGAUAUCAACGAUAAUGGACCUAUUUUCGACUCUGCUCCUGUGGGUUACGUACCAGAGAAUAAACCUCCCAAUACUAAAGUAAUGGUACUCUCUGCCAAAGAUCCAGAUCUUCCUCCAAACGGUGCUCCGUUUACGUAUAAACUUAUUGGAGGAAAACAUAGGGACUAUGUAAGAGUAGACAAACAUUCUGGAACAGUUGUAACAACGAAAGUAAUUGACAGGGAAAUAACACCAGAAUUGAUUAUUAUGGUAGAAAUUGAAGAUAGCGGUACUCCAAAAAUGAAAUCUCAACAUAAUGUCAAAAUACUAGUCCAAGAUGAAAAUGACAGUCCAUCUAGUUCCAGGUCUGUACACGUUUUGGUUUACGUAUACAAUAAUUCGUAUCCAUUAGGUAAAAUCGCAGAUGUACACCCCAACGAUCCAGAUGUAAUUGGCGACUAUAAAUGCAAGAUUUUACAACCCUCUCUGCCAGGAGUAUUAUCAAUUCCUUCUGGUUGUAACCUGCAUACUUCUAGAAUAACUCCUGGUCAAGGCUUUUCACUUUCUGUAUCCGGAAACGAUGGGAAACACUCAGAUGUAGUUUCAACAGUAACAGUUGAAUUUCUUUCCUUCAAUAACUUGACAGUUGAAAAUUCUAUCACCGUAAGAAUAUCAAACAUCACUGCUGAAACAUUUCUUAACCAGUUUUACAGAAAAGUCCUGGAUACUCUCAAAGCUAUUUUGAAUUCCGACGAAAGUCUUUUAGUCUACAGUUUGCACGAACAUGAAGGUCAUCUUGAGAUAACCUUGGCUCUCAAGAAUGAUAAAGGAUACAAAACCAAAUUUCAAACUACCGAAAAAGUCCAAAGCAAACGAGAAGCCAUAUCGAAUAUUUUCCAGACCAGAGAUAUCAUAAUAGGUUACACGCCCUGCGGUGAAAACACCUGCGAAAACGGGGGAAUCUGCCUGGAAUCUUUAUCAGUUAAAAAGACCACAAUUAUAACUGAUAGCCAAAAUAUAAUUCUAACAUCGCCUCUAGUAGCACACGAAUAUAAAUGCCAGUGUGCUGAUGGAUUUGUAGGCUCCACUUGCAACAAAAGACAAGACCCUUGCAUGCCGAACCCUUGCAAAUAUGGUGGACAAUGUCGAAGGCAAGGCUUCAACUUCCAUUGCAUUUGUCCUCCUGGUAAAGAUGGCCGCCAAUGUGAAACUCAAAAAGAUGACGCAUGCUUCGACAAUCCUUGUCAAAAUGGUGGAUCAUGUAGGGAAAGUCCAGACGGAUCGUCGUUCUUCUGCCUUUGCAGAUCCGGCUACAAAGGAAAUCAGUGUGAAGUCCUCGCUGAUUCAUGUCGUCCCAAUCCUUGUCUACACGAUGGUCUUUGUGUAAGUCUGAAGCCAGGAUACAAAUGCAGUUGCGUCGAUGGAAGAUACGGACGACAUUGCGAGAAAUCAACUUAUGGAUUCCAAGAACUGUCUUACAUGAGUUUUCCGUCUUUGGAUGCUGCCACCAACGAUAUUUCGUUUAUUUUUGCUACCACCAAACCCGAUUCUUUGCUAGUAUACAACUAUGGAUUGCAGUCAGGAGGAAGAAGUGAUUUCGUCGCUGUAGAACUGGUCCACGGCAAAGCAGUUUUCUCUUUCGGUGGUACAAGAACAGCAAUCACCUCAGUAAGCGUCGGAGGCAAAACCGAUAAUUUGGCAGAUGGAAAUUGGUACAAAAUAACCGCUACAAGAAAUGGAAGAGUGGUUUCUUUAAGCGUUGGAAGCUGCACCGAACAGGGUGAUGUUUGCGAAGACUGCAGGCCAGGAGAUAACACUUGUUACGCCGAUGAAAUUGGUCCCAGUGGGACAUUAAACUUUAACAACCAACCUCUUCUCGUCGGAGGCAUCAUCAGUGCGGAUCCAGUUCUAGAACGACCAGGCCAAGUCCAUUCAGAUGAUCUCGUAGGCUGCGUCCAUAGCGUCUCCAUCAACGGUCGUCAACUGAAUUUAAGCCAACCAUUAUCAUUUGAAGGCAUCGAAAAUAAAUGCAUUCAACGAGGUUCAUGUCAAAAACCAUCCAACGAUCCAUGUCUAGGUUUUGGUACUUGCAUUGACCAUUGGAACUCCAUUAGUUGCCGUUGUGGCUCAGAUUUGAUCUCACCGAAUUGCCAUUCAGCUUUGCAGCCAAUCAGCGUCAGUGAUGGAGGUUACGUCGAGUUCGCCAUUUCGAAGAAGCACAGAAGAAUGCAACUGUUGGAUAACAUCUACAAAGGAUCUACCCUCUGGAACCAUCAAAGGAGAACCAGAUCACCGGUCAACUUGGAUAUUAAUUCUGGAUCUGUAGGAAAGAGCAUUAGUAUUUUAUUCCGAACUGUACAGCAAAACGGAAUAAUUUUAUACGCCACGAGCAAUAAAUACUACACUUCCAUAGAAUUAAUCAACGACCAAAUCUACUACGUUAGCAAACUGUCCUCUAUUGUCAAUAUGACGGACAAGCAUAUUGUAAGUGACGGCGUGUGGCAUAAUCUUACUCUUUACACCUACGGUCGAAGCAUAAGAAUCAUUUUGGAUAACGAAAAGUUUGGAGAUGAACUUGAUACGGCCGGUGUCCACGAUUUUCUGGAUCCUUACCUCACAUAUCUUUCCGUUGGAGGAGCUGCAGCUGACUAUUACUACGUCCAUGAUAAAUCACCGGAAUCGUUUGAAGGCUGCUUCGCAAAUUUCACGAUCAACAAUGAAAUACAACCGUUCAAUGGCUCCGGAUCCAUAUUUUCCGAAGUUCACUAUCGAGGACGAGUUGUAAAAGACUGUAAGGGUCCUAUUGGCGUUGGAACAGCUACUGCACCUGAUCCUCUGAGCAUUGGAAUUACCUUAGUCAUUGUUUUCUUUGUCGUUUUACUAGUUGCCAUAUUAGUUUCGUUCGUAGCCUUCAGACUAAGAAAACAAUACAAAGAAAAGGGUAGUGCUUCCAACAGUCCAACAGGAUUACAAACUAAACAGAAUGGAAAUGGUUCGAUGUUGGGAUCCAAUGGUAUGAAUGCAGCUAAUGAUAAUGUCUUAAGUCGAGUGAUGCACGGUGCCGAUAACUCAAUGUCUUAUCACACAGACGGAGACGUAAUAAGAGGUAUAGGCGGACAUUCGUUGGUUGGACCAGAAUUACUGUCGAAGAAAUACAAGGAGAGAGAUAUUCUACAAGGCGAUUUACCACGGCCACAAAGACCGGAUAUUAUUGAGCGAGAAGUAAUGAAUAAAGGUCCACCAAUGAGAGAUGAACAUCAUCCUCCUAUGCCUCCAAAUUCGAACCACAACCAUGAUCAUGUUCCUAAUGACUUAAAUUCUGAAAUUCCCGAACAUUAUGAUUUAGAAAAUGCUAGUUCCAUAGCACCAUCAGAUAUAGAUAUAGUGUACCAUUAUAAAGGAUACCGAGAAGCUGGUGGAGUAAGGAAGUACAAAGCCACGCCGCCGCCUGUUGCUGGUUAUCACCAUAAGCAUCCAGGAGGACAAGCUCAGGGUCAGCACAGACAUUCUCCUCAUCAUCCUUCAGGAUUUCCUCCUAGGGCACCCCCAGUUACUAGUCCCAGCGCACGACCUCAUCAAAGCACGCCUCUAGCUAGAUUAAGUCCUAGUAGUGAAAUGAGUGCUCAACAGCCCAGGAUAUUAACUUUACACGAUAUCAGUGGGAAGCCGUUACAAAGUGCCUUAUUAGCAACCACCUCCAGUUCUGGAGGUGUCGGUAAAGACGUUCUUCAUAGUAAUAGUGAACGCAGUUUGAACAGUCCAGUGAUGUCGCAAUUGAGCGGCCAAAGUUCUAGUAGUAGGAAAGCAGCAGCCCCGCCACCCGUUACCUCAUCCUCGCCGGGUAUGGGCCUCACUGCUGAAGAAAUAGAAAGACUGAAUUCCCGUCCUCGCACCUCUAGUUUAGUAUCCACUCUCGACGCGGUGUCGAGUUCCAGCGAAGCACCUCGAGGGGGCGGGAAUAACCACAUGAACCACUUACGCCAUUCACCAGUGCCAGAAACGCACCACAGCAGCACCACCACCGACGAAAGUGGUAACGAUAGUUUUACGUGUUCGGAGAUAGAAUACGACAACACUAGUUUAACUGGAGACAAGUACAAACCGAGCGAGUCCGAGUCUAGACGAAAUGAUUCGGGCCCGGGGAACAAAAGCAAUAUACCUCCACCCUCUUACGAUGGGUUUGACUCUUCGUAUAGAGGGUCAAUGAGUACUCUAGUGGCUUCAGACGACGAGAUUGGGGGCCCUAUGUAUAGGUCGGGUACCGGGUCGCCUCCGACGACCGCGUUAGGUUGGGACUAUUUGUUAAAUUGGGGGCCGAACUUUGAGAGUUUAGCGGGAGUGUUUAAAGAUAUUGCGGAGUUACCGGAUUCUGUAAAUGGGAGGAUACCGGCUUCAUUGCGGUUAACGAACGCUCCGAAACCAUCUGAAGAAUAUGUGUGAAUAAUAUUAUGUGUGGGUGCAAUUUUAGAAAUGUAAAAGACUUUUUAAACGAAUUGUAAGCCUUGUAUCAAGGAGAUAUUGUAAUUUUCUUGCCAUAAUUUUGUAAUUUUAUUUGUAAAUUAAAUAAAUAAUAUCAUCGAUAUUUGAUAUACCUGUGUAUAUAUUUUUAUACUAAAGUGAACGAAAUUUUUGUAAUAAAUAAACUAACUAUGAA